UGGACUGAGUCACCCAGUCUGGUGCCGUCCUAAUCAGCCGGCAGGAAGGAGGGGCAAACAAAACACAUCAUGACAGAUUACAUACAAACACCGUGCGUCUGACAUUUUAACUGCAAACACAGAGACACGCUGACACAGGGCUCCCUGCACACAGGCUGCAAUGUCACUGUAAUUACGAGUACUGACAGUAUACACACACUGACACACACAGUGCAAUGUACGGUAAAUUAAAUGCACAUUGUGAAUGGCUGGUUAGGCUUCACACACCAAGCAAUGCUCGGGGCUGUGUAUUGCUGUCGGUGUAAUCUGUAUUGAGAGCUAAAUAUAGCUUGGCAGAGGAUCCUGUAUACAUAUAUUAUAUACACACACAAUGCUGGGGAGCAGCUAUAGGACAUCAUAGGAUAAAGCUCCCCCGCUGUCAGAGCUGCCUGCACUUACAUACACAUACAGUGUACACGGUGCUGCACUAACUGAGCCAGUAUACUGGAGGCACACUGACUGCUUAGCAGGAGGAGCUGAUACAGCACAGGAGCACAUACAGAAAUACAACACACACAGCAGCACACACUAGGAUACAACACACACAGCACGGUAACACUCACAGGGAUACAACACACACAGCACAGGAGCACACACUAGGAUACAACACACACAGCACGGUAACACUCACAAGGAUACAACACACACAGCACGGUAACACACACAAGGAUACAACACACACAGCACAGGAGCACACACAGGGAUACAACACACAAAGCACAAGAGCACAUACAGGAAUACAACACACACAGCACGGUAACACACACAAGGAUACAACACACACAGCACAGGAACACACACAGGGAUACAACACACACAGCACAGGAGCACACACAGACACACACACAGCGCUGUGCUCGGAUUGUGCCCGCGCUGUGCCCUGCCUGUAGGCCUGUUUGUGCUGGCUCCUUCACGGGCUCUGAGUCCUAACCUGCCCCGCAUACAGCCCGGGGAGCUGCCUUCAUGCACCCGCACCAUGUCCGGGAAGCAUUACAAGGGUCCUGAAGUCAGCUGCUGCAUCAAGUACUUCAUCUUUGGCUUCAAUGUCAUCUUCUGGUUUUUGGGGAUUGCUUUCCUCGGAGUUGGACUGUGGGCAUGGAGUGAAAAGGGAGUGCUUUCCAACAUCUCCUCCAUUACCGAUCUUGGUGGAUUUGACCCUGUGUGGUUGUUCCUUGUUGUCGGAGGGGUCAUGUUCAUCCUUGGAUUUGCAGGAUGUAUUGGAGCUCUUAGAGAAAACACCUUUCUUCUAAAAUUUCAUUCUUCUUUGCAGUUUUCUGUGUUUCUGGGGAUUAUUUUCUUCCUGGAGCUUACAGCUGGUGUUCUAGCUUUUGUCUUCAAAGACUGGAUUAAAGACCAACUGAACUUGUUCAUUAACAGCAACAUCAGAGCUUACAGAGAUGAUAUUGAUCUGCAAAACCUUAUAGAUUUUACUCAGGAAUAUUGGCAAUGCUGUGGGGCAUUUGGACCUAAUGACUGGGAUCUAAACAUUUAUUUCAACUGCACGGAUGCCAAUGCUAGUCGAGAACGAUGCGGAGUGCCAUUUUCCUGUUGCACUAAAGAUCCCGCUGAGGAUGUUAUUAACACACAGUGUGGCUAUGAUGUUAGACAAAAGCCCGAACUAGAGCAACAAGCAACUAUUCACAUAAAAGGCUGUGUUCCCCAGUUUGAAAAGUGGCUACAAGAUAACCUGACCAUUGUGGCCGGUGUGUUCAUUGGGAUAGCGCUAUUACAGAUAUUUGGUAUAUGCCUAGCUCAGAAUUUGGUCAGUGACAUCGAAGCCGUGCGUGCCAGCUGUUCACAAAUUUGUCACGUUCAGUGCACAGAAAGAGGUGCAAAAAAGGGGCAGGGCCUGGCCUUGAGUGGAGCAGACGCAAGCCACAGCAGCUUCUGCAUAUCAUAGUGAAUUAAACUGAUAAUUUGCAAAUAAAUGGCAUUGACAUAUCUGAGCCACUACAUGAAAGAGGACAUCCUGGUGCCAACAGGGAUACCAUUUAUGCUGCCAUUCCUGAAGAAUCACUCAAUUAACCUUAGCAGCCUACAAGUAUGGUUGGCAUGGGGGAGACAGCCGCUCUCCUGCUACCACUGAUGGCUGACAACUUAUGUCUGGGCACUCAUCCUCCUCUCCCCGCCCCCUCACCCCCCUCGAUUGGCGGGGGUUCUGCUGGUCCCAGGAGAAUGUCUCUGUGAUCCGUGACAUCUGUACCAAUGGAGGUACUUUGCACCUAAAAUGGCGGGUGAGACUGCACUACUACUCACUGACCAAUGAAAACCUGGGUGAUCCUGCUGGGGUUUCAGUUCCUGGUGUAAUGUGCAGAUCAGAUAUUGCACCCAGUCCCUCCUCACUCGAGGUCGCUGCCCCUUGCGACCUACAAGGAACUCCUGCUUUUCAGCUAAAUCCUGUGAAAGAGCGAGAUCAAGCAUGGGGACACACUUCUGAUGUCUACUCACCCCUCUUCUUUUGUAACAGUGACGACUUGUAGCUGCAACUAGGAGUUUCUCUUGUUCGGUGGACUUCCUCAAGUUAUAUGCUGCAUGCAGUGGGGAUGGCCUUUGUUAAACUAAUUUCCUGCCAAGCUACAUGAUUUACUUUUUUCAUACUUUGAGCAGGUGAAUACUCUAAAUGUGCUUAUGUUUUGCUCUUUUCUUUUUCUUUUGUUCUAAAAGCCUCACACUGUAUUUCUCUUAUUUUAAUUUAAAAAAAAAAACAAGUGCUGUUUCCACAUAUACACAUUCAAUGAUGGAAAUGUUUCCUUAUGCUGAUUUCUCUAUGUGUGUACUAUUAUUCUUGAU